UUUUUGUCAGUCGUGCUCAGAGCCUCGAUAACGCCGAACGUCACGGACUAGAACAGAACUUUAGCCGCCAAAGAGAAAGGACGAAACGUUAACGUAAUCGAACAACAGAUAAAGCUUCAAGAAUAUAAGAGAUUAAAACGAAACACUUUCCUAAAAAAGAACCGCCAGCGCUUGUUAACGAGAAAUUAAAAAAGAAAGAUAUAAGCAAACAAAAAAAAAACAAAAAAAGAAAAACACGCACCAUUUUUUAUCAUCUAACACACUUUUCCGCACAUGCGCGAAUUUCGCGCAAAAAAAAACUCAUCACACAAAAAAGGCGAAAAAAUCGAAAAGGAGCAGGAGUAGCGGGAACCACCCCAGAACCCCACGCCUCCUUUUUUAGUUCGUUUCGCACGCUAUUUUCUUAGUGUGUGCCCGUGUACGUGUAUGAGCGUGUGCGUGUGUGUGCUUGUGCUUGUGUUCGGUGGGUGUAAGUGUAUGUGCAAGUGCUUAACUUAACGGUGCCGCGGUCAAGUGUAGAAAGACACAGAGAAAGAGAGAAAUAGAGAAGGAAACAGAGAGAGAUUGAGAUUGAGAAGAAGAAACCCCAAGUGCGAGAAGGGAAAGUUGCCCCGCUGCUUCGUUUCGUCUUUCGGCGAUUUUGUCUUGUCCAGUCCCAGUACCAAGCCGUCAUCAUCCUCCAUCAUGCAGAACUGGGAGACCACGACUUCAGCCAGUGCCAACUAUGAGCAGCACAAUCCCUGGUAUAACUCCAUGUUUGCUGCCAAUAUCAAACAGGAGCCAGGACAUCAUCUUCACGACAGCAAUAGCUUGACCAGCAGCAGUCCCCGUCAAUCCCCUCUGCCCUCACCACCGCCCAACGCCAUCUCGGCCAGCACACAAUUGGAACAGUAUCUCAAACAGCAGCAGCAGCAGCAGCAGCAGCACCAUCAACCCAUGGAUACCAUGUGCGCCAUGACUCCAUCACCCAGCCAAAAUGAUCAAAACAGUUUGCCCCAUUACGAGGCCACAUUGCAGCAACAGUUGCUGCAACAACAGCAGUAUCAGCAACAUUUCCAAGCAGCCCAACAGCAUCAGCAGCAGCAGCAGCAGCAUCAUCACCAUCAUCAUCAUUUGGGUCUGGGUGGCUUCAAUCCACUCACUCCACCCGGUUUGCCCAAUCCCAUGCAGCAUUUCUAUGCGCGGCCUAGCCCCCAGCCCACACCCAUAGCCACAUCUCAAGCCGGAGGCUCAGGAUCAUCAUCGGCCACGGGAGAGAAGCUGCAGGCCUUGACACCUCCCAUGGAUGUCACGCCACCCAAAUCGCCAGCCAAAUCUACACAAGAACCUGAAAAGGAACACGAUCUCAUCUCGAAUUCCAGCGAGGACAUGAAAUACAUGGCCGAGUCAGAGGACGACGACACCACCAUCCGUUUGCCCAUCUACAACUCGCACGGCAAGAUGAAGAACUACAAGUGCAAGACAUGCGGAGUGGUGGCCAUCACCAAAGUAGACUUCUGGGCCCAUACACGCACCCACAUGAAACCGGACAAGAUUCUGCAGUGCUCCAAGUGCCCGUUCGUCACCGAGUUCAAGCAUCAUUUGGAAUACCACACCAGGAAGCACAAGAACCAGAAGCCCUUCCAGUGCGACAAAUGCAGCUAUACCUGUGUCAACAAGUCCAUGCUGAACUCACAUCGCAAGUCGCACAGUUCGGUCUAUCAGUAUCGUUGUCAGGACUGUGAUUAUGCCACCAAGUAUUGUCAUAGCUUCAAAUUGCAUUUGCGGAAAUAUGGUCACAAGCCCGGCAUGGUUCUCGAUGAAGAUGGCACGCCAAAUCCCUCCCUGGUGAUAGAUGUCUACGGCACACGCCGAGGUCCAAAGAGCAAAUCAGGUGGUGGAAGUGGUUCAGGCAGCAGCAGAAAAUCAAAUAUUGCCACUGUCGCCCCACAGCAGCAAUCCGUUGCACCGCAACAACAGUCAGUUUCACAGCCCCCAGCGCCCAGUCAGUUGAGUGCUGCCCUGCAGGGUUAUCCUCUGACGCCCACAGCAUCGAGUGGAGGCGCUGUUACCCCUCCUAUUCUGCCGCCUAUGCCAUCCUCGCCAGCCAAAAGCGUUGGCAGCGUCGAGCAGGCCCCGUCAGCGUUACCGGCUCCUGCCAAUUUAUUGCCACCUCUGGCCAGUCUCUUGCAACAGAAUCGCAACAUGGCCUUCUUCCCCUACUGGAAUCUCAAUCUGCAAAUGCUGGCUGCCCAGCAACAGGCUGCCGUUCUGGCUCAAUUGUCGCCACGUAUGCGUGAGCAACUGCAGCAACAGCACCAGCAGCACCAGCAUCCAGUACAAAAUAGUGAUAACGAGGAUGAGGAUCAAGACCAAGAUGACUUUGAACGCAAAUCCGUGGACUCAGCCAUGGAUCUUAGUCAGGGCACACCAGUCAAGGAGGAAGGACAAACACCCCAGCAACAACAGCAGCAACUUCAAAACCAACAAUCAUUGCCCAUGGCCAUGAACUUGAAGCUGGCCGAAGAUGAGGCAACGCCUUUGAUGAGUAGCUCGACAGCGUCGCGGCGCAAGGGACGUGUCCUGAAAUUGGACACUCUGUUGCAGUUAAAGUCCGCUGCCCAAUCCUCACCCGAGCAAGUGAAAGUAAUGCCCACUGCUUCGUCGCCGAUAAGUGGAUUGAAGCAAUUGCCCGAUGAGCAUUGUUCGGGGACUAGUUCGGCCGAUGAAUCCAUGGAGACCAAUCAUGUACCUCAAGCCAAUACUAGUGCCAGUUCCACAGCAUCGAGUUCAGGGAAUAGUUCCAAUGCCAGCAGCACAUCCAGUUCGGUGCCCAUUAACUCUGCCUCCUCAUCCACCGUAUCCGCAACCACCUCGUCGUCAUCAUCCUCAUCGGCAGCCUCCUCAUCCAUUCCCGCUGCUGCUGGAGCCAUUUAUGAGUGCAAAUAUUGUGAUAUCUACUUCAAGGAUGCUGUCCUGUACACCAUUCACAUGGGCUAUCACAGUUGCGACGAUGUCUUCAAGUGCAACAUGUGCGGCGAGAAAUGCGAUGGACCCGUUGGCCUGUUCGUUCACAUGGCACGCAAUGCCCACUCUUAGGCCAAUGGAAGAGUACUUUGUUAUCUUUAUUAAAUUUUUCUAUGUUGUAAUGAAUUGUAAAUAUUUUUUGUAAUUUUAGUUUUCUAUUUCGUUGUCAAAAAUUGUAAAUUGUCCCCCAUGAUCCUUAAGAUCCUAACUAAUUCUAGAUAUUUAAGUUUCAUUUCUAAUUAACUUUAACACCCUCUCUCUAUCUCUAUCUCUCUCUCUGUCAUUCUCCCAACUCUACGACUAAAAACCUAGAAAAGGGUUUAAAAAAUCAUUAUCAUCACAAAUUGCACAUAGCAAAAAUUAAUUAUUAAUAUUUUGUAAGAUAAAACUAUAAAAUGAGCA